ACUCAUCACAGUAUGGGGAAGAGGAAGACUAAAUCCAAAACCAGUGACGACCGGAGAAAGAAGCUCAAACAAGAUGCAGAUUCUCAACUAGACAAUGGAGUCUUCUCUGAAAGUGUGCAUCAAGGUCCUGAUUUAGACAUAGAUCAAGAGGCAGAUUGGGAAACGGCCGAGCAGAGCUAUGAAUUAAAGCCCAGAUCAGCUAAACACAAAGACGUAGUGGAAGGUUUGCCAAUCAAGCGACUGGAUGGUACAGUGGAAAGAACGCAAAGAGAGCAAACAGUUCCUGAAUCUGAUGACGAAGAGCAAGAGUUACAAGCUCCAGCACAACCUGAGGAAAAGGAAGAAAGUGAAGAUGAAUUUAACGACUCGAGUCUUUCACCACGGGAAAGAUUGGUUAAGAUCAAGGAGGAAGUAGCAGAGUUGGCAGCUCGGUUAAUGGAGGACCCAGAAGAAAAUACUGCCUGCUUGACGAGACUCAGAAAAAUGUCUAAAUCGAAGAACUUUGUGGUUAGUCAAUUGGCUAUCAUUUCGUUGGUUCCUGUGUUCAAGAGUUUGGCACCUGGGUAUAAAAUUCGACAAUUGACGGAUGCAGAGAAGAGAGAAAAGGUCAGUAAGGAAGUUGCCAGGUUGAGACAAUUUGAACAAUCGUUGAUAUACAAUUAUAAAUUGUUCGUUGACCAUUUAGGUGACUUAGGAAGGAUCACUAGGCUGAACUCCAUGAAUAAUAAGAAUAUCACAGAAAAUCAAGUGAAGCUUGGACAGUUAGCAUUGAAAGUCUGCUGUGAAAUGGCUUCUUCGGCCUUGAAGUUUUUCAACAACCGUAACGAGUUAUUGACAAUUAUUGUCAAGAGAUUGAACAAGAAGCCACAAGAUAUAGAAGACCACAGAGUUUUUACCAAGUGCAUCAGGUUAUUGGAACUGUUACUUGCUGAAGAUAAAGAACACGGAGAAUUAUCUCACGAUUUGACUAAUAUCUUAUGUAAAACAAUUACUGAAAAGAAGUAUAGAGUCGAUGAGUCGGUGCUCAAUAUCUUUUUAUCAUUAUCAGUAUUGGAUGAUUACAACCCUUCGGAGGGAGGCAGAAGGUCGGCUCCAAAGCUCAAGAAGAAGGACAGGGUUCAUUUGUCUAAGAAGCAACGAAAAUCUAGGAAGGAAAUGAAGGAAAUUGAGGAAGAAUUGGAAAAGGCUAAACAGACCAUUACCGCUGAAGAAAGAGAAAAGUUCCAGGCGAAGAUUUUGCAGAGGUUAUUGAAGUUAUAUUUGGAGAUCUUAAAGGUAGGUGCCUCCUCAGUGGAUGAAAAGAAUGACGCAGGUCUCUUAAUGGCAGCUGUGCUUGAAGGGUUAUCUAAAUUUGGGAAAAUGGCCAAUUUUGACUUGUUGGGUGAUUUUUUGGAAGUUUUACGGGAAAUAAUGACGGAUAUUGUGAGUAGCAAUUCUUUGACCAACGAAGACGAUGCAGACGAAAUAUACGAAGAAGGCGAAUGUGGUCUCUUCGAUUCAAGACAAAUAAGAACCAUCUUGCUUUGUAUCAUGACGUCUUUCCAACUUACAUUAAAUCAUCUUACAGUCGGUAAAUUGCCUAUAUCUAUAGAUUUGUCCCGGUUUGUUUCAACCAUGUACCUUAUUUUAUCUGAUUUGGCAUUGGACUGUGAGCUCGAGUUUAGUUCCAAGUCUUUAAGACUAUUGGACCCAUUGUCAAACUCUGAGAAUCUUGAGAAGCCAUCUGUGAACGUUUCGACGAAGUCAGAGUUGCUUCUUAAUUGUCUUGACUCAAUUUUUUUCCGGUCUAGAAAUGGAAGUGUAUCAAGAAGCGUGAGUUUUACUAAACGGCUCUACUUAUCUAUCCUUCAUACACCAGAAAAGACGUCUUUGGCUACCCUCAAGUUCAUUGGAAAGCUUGUCAAUAAGUAUGGUGAGAGUUUGAAAGGCUUAUGGAACACAGAAGAGAGAAUCAGUGGCGAAGGUUCAUACCAGCUUGGAAUUGAAAUACAGAGAGAGGUGGAGUUAGAAAGAUGUAACUCAUCAGCCGCUACUCUUUGGGAAAAUGUGUUAUUGGAUAAGCAUUAUUCACCCAUGGUGCGAGAUGGAGCUCGAUCGCUUAUGAAACUUAGUAAAGUCAACGAUCGGAAGGUGUAGGAAGUGAACAGAAUAAUACCAGAAGACGAGACAAUUUGACGUAAGAAGCAUCAGAUGUAUAUAAAUGUGUAGUCAACAUUAUAAUCAUAUAGUAUGAUACAUCACAUAGAGGGAAUUUUGUCACAUCGUAUACAUCAUAUAAACAAUAGUGAAAAAGUACGAGAGUCAAGAGGUAUGGAUAACUAUAGAUAUGGAACUAUAUAGGGAAGAAAAGGAAGUAUUUGCUUCAAUUGCCCAUCUCAGGUUGUAAACCCUUGUGGCUUAAUGUGGCAUCACAGCAUAUGUACUCUAUAAAAUCAGAUUACCAGCAAACUCUUUUGCUUUCGACUUCACAAGUCCUUUGUACAUGAUCCGUACACAAUAAUAUCCUUAUCAUGAUACUCAUCACCUUCUCUUAAACAGACUUCAAUUCUUUUGAACAUCGUUAAGUGGCUACUUGAUGUCGCAACCAUUAUC